AUGGGAAACAAUCCAACUAAAAAGUUUAAUGCUAAUGAAGUACAAAUCAAUAAUUAAAAUAAUGUUGAUCCUAAAUUUGAAGAAUUUAUUAAAUAAGCAUUUGCAAGCUAAGCCUAAAACGGAAAACUUUUCAAGCACAAGUUUAAUGAUGCUUUAGCAGUUUUAGAAAAUUUUAACAUAAAGCGUAUACGUUAUACUCCUCUUGGAGAGAGGCUAUUCAAUGUUUUUGAUAAAGUAAAUAGAUUUUUGAAAUUAAAUCAACAAAAAUAUAGCAAAGCACUUUUUAAAAUUGCAAAUUAGGAAAAAUAGAACUAUAUUAGCGAAGAAGACUUCUUAAAAGGUUUGAGUUAACUGAUAAAAGACAAAGAUUAUAGAAUUACAUAUACUUAUAAGGCAUAUGACAAAGAUAAUGAUAAUAAAAUAUCAAGAAAAGAAUUUAUUGAAUUUAUUGAAGAUUCUUGGAAAGCAGCUUUUAUGAUUCUUGGAGAAAGUGUUAAUAAAAAAUAUGGUGGAAACUAAAUUAAUGUAUAAAAGCUUAAUAUGUGGGCAUAAUAAAAUAAAGAGCAUUUAUCCUAAUAAGUAGCAUAGAUUUUUACUCGUUUAGAUACUUAGAAUAAAGGAUUUUUAGAUUUUACAUCAUUUUCAUAAUGGAUUAAAGAAGGAAACAUACACUCAAUUUAUGCGACCUUUGAUUAAGAAAGAGUUGAAGUUCCUAUUAACUUCUAUUAACUUGAAAAAAAUUAAUGA